AUGCAGAUGAAUUAUAUCGAUCCUACACCAUCCCUUUGGGUUGGUACUGGUCUUGGGUCAAUCCUCGUGCUCACUAUCCUUCUUCCUCAGCCACGUAGAGCGUAUCCCGCUUCCAUCACCCUAACCGGUAACUAUCCGAACCGCUUCUUAUUUUACUAUUUUCAAUAG